UGUGGUUAUGUAGCCAUUGUGAACUAAAGGUGUAUGUUUACAAUUUGUCUACCAAUGUAAAAUGCAGAAUUCCUCAUAACAAAUAGAUAUUAGGCUCUUUACAUACCCUUACAUUCCCUGGAUAUUGCAAAAUGAACUUAAAUGGAACCGAUGAUGAGAACGAUGAAUGGUGCUACACUUGCACAGUCUGCAGGAGCCAAAUUGGCCAUGAAGAAAUAUUAAACAAUUCCAUGACUUCUCAUCCAAUUUUAAGAGUUCUCGUUUGUCAAAAGUGUCAUAGUCAUUUUAUAUACGACCAUAAAACCAAAUUAGAUAGAACACAAAACUUGUGUCUCUGGUGUUUUAAGACUGGCGACUUGAAAUCUUGUAGCCUGUGUACUGAUAAAUUCUGUGUGAAAUGUUUGAAACACAAUCUAGAACCGGAAGAAUAUAAUAAAUUGCUUAGCGAUUCUCCAUGGAUCUGUGUAGUUUGUGGGCCUCGAUCAAUACAUAGGCUUCAAGCGAUUUGUAAGAAAGUAAUUGGAUUAUCACAGAGGCUCAACAGAACGAGAUAUUUGCAAAGUAACUACCAAAAUGAGACUGCUAGCCAAAGUAAAUCUCGAUCGAAUGUGGAUGAUAUCACGGACGAUCAGCUAUUGAAAAUGAAAGAUAAUGUCAUUAAAUUAUCCAAUCAAUUUUUAAAAUUAUUCGAAAACGCGCAUGAGGAGGUGUUAAAAUUUAAGUCAAAAAUAGAGCAAUUGUUUACACAUAACGAUUUUCAUAAAGCGCCGCGAUUUUUGCAAAGCCUCAUUGAAACCACGAAAGCCAACUUAAAUUUAUGGGAAGCGGAAGUCAACGAUUGGAAAUCUCCAUUAGACACUAAGGAUGGAAUUCUGGGAAAGCGAAAGUUCAAUUUGAGUAUUAAACGGCUAUCAGAUUCUGAUACAAAUGACGAAUUUUCUAAUAAAACGGUACCCGAGGAGAAAGCAGGAGAGUCAAUAUCUGAGCAAUGUAGUGAACCUAAUCCAGUAUGCAACAAUGAAUCUUCAGUACCAAUAGAAGUUAUUAUCAAUAAACCAUCCAUAUUUGAUUUGUCUGAGGAAUCUGUCGACAGUGAUUGUAGUGUCUUUUCGCAGGCUACCAAUAUAAUAGCUCAAAUUUGUGAAGCACCUGCAAAAGAUGAAGAGGAAACAAUAAAUUCCGCUAAUGAUGACAAUGCCACAAAUAUUUCAGUGGAAAGUUUAGAAUCCGAGUCAUCUUUUGUAUUUGACUUACAAGGAUACAUAUCCAAUGAUAUGCUUUCCGCAGAUGAUUUUUUGGAGGGAACCGAAGAUGAUAUAAAAGAAUUAAGUACUGUAAGUUUCCAUAUAAAGGACAAUCUUACAGACAGCAUAUUACAAGCGGAACAUAUGGAUUGUGAUAGUGCUACAUGCCCCAAUGACUUUGAAGAACAGGAAGACGAAGUAUUACAUAGUCACAAUGAUCCUGACGAAGAAGGAAAAAGGUGUAUGGAUCAUGAUUAUGCCAUACCAGAUGCUACUGGCUGUGAUGACUGUGAAGAUAAAAAAACAAUAGAAGAGUUUCCACUGAAAUCAGAGUUUUUAAAUGUUCUACAUCUUGCCCCUACAUCUCAAACCACGCCAAAUAAAAGCGAAAAUGAAGAAGACGAAAACGAAGAGCAACAGUCAAAUGAUGAAUGUGAAUUGUGGAACGUGUUGUUGCAUGUCCAAGAUGCUUCUCCCCCCCUACCCGAUAGUUCCUCCAGUGGCGAAAGUGAUGCUGAUGAAUUUAAUGACAAGUACAAUUUGCCAAAAGGCGUCCACGGCAGUAUUUCAUAUGAGCUUCCCCCACUUCCUGAUUCACCCGCACCGGAAUCUGAUAUUAAUGACCACAAUGAUAGGUUGCAACAAGAAAUAAAACCUUGCUAUGUGCUGAUCGAAAAACUUGACGUUACGGAAACAAUAACACAUUUUGAAAGACAUUCAGAAGGGGAUAAUACCGCAAAAGUUGAUAGCGAGAUAGAAAGACUGACAAAUUUGGAUAAUAUUGAUAGAAAACGUAAGCAUAGUUUAAAUCAUUCCAAAGGAAAGGAGAAAAGACGAAAAACUACAGAUACUGAUAUUUUGUCCGGUUCGGAUUUUGACUCUGACUCGAACAGUAUUACACCGUUAAUUGAAGAAGACAUAUUGUUAAAUGCUUCACAUUCAGAUCAUGACCUUGAUGAUAUUAAAAAUAUCGAUGAGGAUCACCCUUGGAAUAUUGUAAUGAACGGCGCCUUGGAUGAUGAAAUGGCCGGUCUUCCCAUUGAUCCUCCUGAGGAUCCCAGUGAUCCUCCUAAGGAUUCCAAUGAUCAUCCUGAGGAUCCCAACGAUCCUCCUGAAGAUCAUAUUGCUCCUGAAGAUCCCAUUGAUCCUCCGGGUCCAGUCAAGGGGGAACCACGAAGCGCUAGUCGUAGUAGUAAUAAAGAAAAUGUGAACAACGAAAUUAAGGAAGAAACGCCAGCUGAAAAUGACGAUUGGAAGUCUGACCGACUGUUACACUUUAGUUUGAACGACCAGUCGGACAAAACUUCAAACAAAGUAAGGAAAGCUUCGGAUGAUCCUAAACCCAAAAAAGCACGCUCAAAAUCAAAGGAUUUGAAGUCAAAUGAAAAUAUAAUUGAUUCAGAUGAUGGGAGCACCAUCUCUGACAGUUCAGAUGAUGAUGAUUUUGUGGAAAAGUAUAACAAGAUUAUUAUCAACAGCGAGUCGGACAGUGAUAUUGAAUUCGUAUCCGUUGAAAAACAUAAAAAACGAAGGAGCAUGACAUUGAAUGACAUCGAAAUGGGAGUAAUUAAGUCUGACGGGAAGGGAAGAAGGAACAUUAGAUCGAUUUUAGCAGAUGAAACGUUAAGUGACAGUACAAAGGAAGCGAACCUAGCCGAAAAAGAACGGAAACUUAGACUAAGUCAAAAACAAAAACAUAUGGAUCUCAUCUUAUCACAAUCGUGUCCUGAACAAACGGAGGGACUUAUUUUAGAUAUUAAUGAACAAACCGCCUUACCAGUUGUCGUUGUGGAUCCCAACUUAACGGGGAGACUAAAACCCCAUCAGAGGGACGGUGUAAAGUUUAUGUGGGAGAGUUGUUAUGAAAGUGUGAAACAAAUCGCAGCUGGAGAUUUGGGGUCUGGCUGUAUUUUAGCGCAUUGCAUGGGACUUGGCAAAACCUUUCAGGUAAUAACUCUGAUACACACCUUAUUUGCCCAUCCAUCGACAAAAACAAAGCAUGUCUUAAUUAUUUGUCCCUUGACGGUUGUAUCUCAUUGGAGGAAAGAAUUCGAAGAAGCUUUUAAAUAUGUUCGAGACAAACACUUAGUUUCUGUAUAUCACACAAGUGACGAACGGGAUCCAGUAAGGAAAUUAAGUGUUAUCAGUCGGUGGUAUAGGAAAGGUGGCGCUAUGCUUUCAGGGUAUGAAAGUUUCAAUAGGCUGACCCAAAGUAUCAGUAAUAAUUGUAAACUUCUAGAAGCAUUGUGCGAUCCUGGACCUGACCUGGUUAUUUUGGAUGAAGGCCAUCUGUUAAAAAAUGGACGAGGUGGUCGGUUUGCAGCGCUCAAAAAAGUAAAAACGAAACGUCGAAUUGUUUUAACAGGGACACCACUGCAAAACAAUCUAUUAGAAUAUUAUUAUAUGAUUGAGGUUGUGAAACCAAGUCUUCUAGGAAGUAAAUCGGAAUAUACGAAUCGCUUUACAAACCCCAUUACAAACGGACAGUACGAUGAUUCAACAGAAGCGGAUAUAAUUCAAAUGAAGAAACGCAGUCACGUUUUGCAUAAGCUAUUGAAGAAUACGGUACAGAGAUUUGAAGCUUCCGAGCUAUUGAUGCACAUCCCUAAAAGGCGCGACUUUGCCAUAUUUAUUAAUCUUCACGAUAUACAAAAGAAACUGUAUGAUUUUAAGGUGGAUAUGGACACUCAAAACUCUAAUACCGUAGGGGUUAGGGACCUGAUAAAGAAUUAUCAUAAGUUUCAAAACAUAUGGUCACAUUUGUACCUUUUCCGAUUAAAACAGAAACAGCUGUUAAAAGAAUUCGAAAAAAACCCACUAGAAAGUAGAAAAGGAUCAUCUGAGAUUGAUCCCGCGUAUCUUUCCUGGUGGGAGCAAUUUGCUCCGCCCGAUAGCGAUUCAAACGUUGAGUACGGGCCAAAAUUUAAAGUAAUGCUUGCAAUUAUUAAUGAAUGCCAACGCAUUGGCGACAAAGUGUUAGUCUUUAGCAAUAGCUUGAUUGAAUUGAGUGCAAUACAGCAAUUCUUGGAGGCGUCGGCUACAUCAUCCUGCCAAUGGAAGUGUAAUGAAGAUUACUUUAGAAUGGAUGGAAGCACACCUCUCGAACAACGUGAGAUGUUAUGCACAACUUUCAAUGACAAGGCAAAUACGCGCGGUAGGGUGUUUCUUCUUACAAUUAAGGUGGGCGGCUUGGGACUUAAUUUAGUAGGAGCAAAUAGGGUUAUAUUAAUGGAUGUUAAUUGGAAUCCUGCAGUGGAUGAUCAAGGUGUUUAUCGAAUAUAUAGAUUUGGACAGGAAAAGCUGUGUUAUGUGUAUAGACUGGUUUCGAUGGGAACAAUGGAAGAGGUUGUAUACGAACGGCAAGUCACGAAGUUGGCUAUUUCAGCACGCGUCGUUGAUUGCCUGCAAAUUUCUAGGCAUUACAAAAGUACAGACUUACAGCAAGUCUACAGGUCGAAGUUCAUAUACGAUCAACCUAGACCAAUAUUACCACCUCCUGAUGAUAAUAUACUGGCAAACGUUUAUAAGAGCUGCCUCGAAGUAUUUAAAUUUCACGAACAUCAGUCACUUCUAGAAAAUCUGCCAGAAGAAAACUUGAACGAAAUCGAAAUGAAGAUGGCUUGGGAUGAAUUUAAUGCAGAAAAUGAAAGAAAGGAACAGCAGUACAAGGAACAACAAAUGAAAAUAGCUGCUCAGCAAGCUGCUACAUUAAAUACUCCUAAUAGGUUGCAGGAAAUUCUUCACCAACUUCAAAUUCCUGCAAAACCAUUCCAUCCUGUUAUUAACCCAGCCUCGCUGGUUAAUGGGCAAUCUACAAAAAUUACAGUUCCUUCAUUUGAAACGUUGGUCCAAAGUAUGCAAACAAAUAUGUCUACCACAGGAAAUACUAGUGGAACCAAUUUGGCAGAGUCUCGUCCAAUCAGCUCGGCAAUACCUAUACGAACAACCGUCCAGCCAUCUCUCACCACUUCUACCAUUACUAAUGGGCCCUCACUUGAUCCUCAGAAGAUUACUCUACCACCUUGGCUGGGUCCUAAGUUAAAUGUGCUGCCUCACCAUACUGCUACUACCAGUAAGAUUAGUGGAACCAGUGUGGCAGGGUCUCAGUCAAUCAAUUCUGGGCAACUACCUGUGCAGACAAAGGUGCAGCCAUCGGUCACCACCAUUAAUAGUGCAAUAGAGUUUCAAAAAGUUACAGCACCGGCAAGGCAGGUACAAACCCCUAAAUCGCUUAAAUCUACGCACGCAAACAUGCUGCCUUCAUUUACCACUCCCAACGAAAAUACUAGAGGAAAGUUGGGUGUAGGGGCAAUAACAUCUAGACCAAUGUAUUCUGUAGUACCACAAAAGCAGCCACCAAAUCCAAAUGUGAAGCCAGCUCUUAACAUUACCACCAAUAACACCAGUGGGAAGAUCACUGCAACACAGCCAAGGAAUUCUCCUAUACUAUCAUUACCAACAAACAGGCAGCCACUGCUUAACACUCCCACCAAUAACACUAAUGGGAAGUUCCCUACCGCACAGUCACGGACAAACAAUUAUCCCGUAGUAGCAGUUCCAACAGUUGGGCAGUCAUCGCUUAACAUUCCUACCACUGGCACUUCAACACUGUCAGGACCAAUCAAUUCUACUAUACUCCCAGUACCAACAAAUAUACAGCCAUUGCUUAACACUACCAUCAAUAAUACUAAUAUGAAAUCCACGCUAUCAAGCAGUUCCACUACACAAUCAAUACCGACCAAUGUUCAGUCGUCUUCCAACAACACCGCAUCAGGAUCUCCAGCAGUUAAUUCUAACGUCAGUGAAAUGCAUCGAUACAUUAACGACCUUCUUACGUUUGGACAAUUGGCCGGUCGCAAAAGAAACCCUGAUACAUCAAAUCUUCCUAAAGGAUUACAUAAAGGAGUUAAAGUUGUACUGCCAAAAAAACCAAGGGUGAUUACUGUGACUAAGCCUAAUGCAAAAGUAACUGAAACUGUAACACAAUUGAAACCUGUCCAACAGAUUGUAGUCAAUAACACUUCUGGAAGAGGACGUGUACAGAAUAGCUCGUCAUCGUCUAAUACAUUGCCGUCAACUCUCACCAAAGUUCUACCAAAAAAAUUGGUUAAAAACCCAAUUGCAGGAAAUGUAUCUAGAAGUGCUGAAGGGUCACCAUCAUCUGCGAAUAAUUGCCUGGUGCAACCGACUGAAGCAUCAGUUAUAGACUUAGUUAAUGGUGAUGAAGAAGACCUUCGUAAUAAGGAACGUGAUGAUUUGCUAUCAUCCUUAAAUCAAAAUGCAAAUAUUACAUUAUCAGCAAUAAUCGCCCCAACGCAGAAGAAAGGUGAUGUGAUCGAGAUUGAUUAGACCAUAAUUUUGAGUGGUUUAUUUAAAUAUAAUUACGUUAUUUAGUUUUUGUAUAGUGUAUUUAUAAAAUUACAUAUUCGUUUGGG